UACUAUAUCACAAAUUGAAAUAUAUUUUUUUCACUGAGUAAUACUUUUGAUUUUCAGACAAUGUCAGGAUUAUAUUUUAUGGGUAUUGACUUGGGAACAACGUCAGUUAAAAUAAGUAUUGUGCUAAAUGGGGAACAAGUUUCUUCUGUCUCUCAGCCAACAAAAGCAGAUACAAAGAGCAAUGUAGGAAGUGCUGGGUUUGAGCAAGAUGUAGCUAUUAUAUUAUCUACUGUACAGUCAUGCAUGAAGGAGCUAUCUCCAGAAACCCUUUCUUCUGUGAAGAAAAUUUGCAUAACAGGACAAAUGCAUGGAGUUAUGUUGUGGUCCUCAAAACAUUUAAACAACUUUUACUCCCAAGAAAACAAUUCCUUUGAUGUUCAACAUACCAGUCCUCUUUAUACAUGGCAGGACCAGAGAUGUUCAGAAGAAUUUCUUACUUCCCUUCCAAAGCCCUGUUCCCAUCUGCCUUUAUCAACCGGACAUGGUAACGCUACCUUGUUCUGGUUAUCCCAGCACCAACCAGAUUAUUUAGCCAGGUUUGAUAGGGCUGGAACAAUAAUGGAUUUCUUAAUUUGUAUUCUGUGUGGAUUGGAUUCACCCAUCAUGUCUAAGCAACUUGCAGCUAGCUGGGGCUACUUUGAUUCAAGUGCAGGGUGUUGGAAUAAGGAGAUAUUGGAACAGAAAUCAUUCCCAUUUCAUCUGCUUCCACGAGUAGUGAAUCCUGGAGAACAAGCUGGUACCCUACAGUUUGACUGGUUCAGAAUAAAGAAAAGAACAGCGGUUUUAGUUGCUCUGGGAGACACACAGUGUGCUGUGUACUCAGUUCUAAGUAAUCCAGAUGAGGCAGUUUUGAACUUGGGAACUUCUUGUCAAAUGGCUUUCCCAGAAUUCCUUGAGACAGUCCCAACAUUCCCAGAAGCCUCCUCUCCCAUCCAGUUUUUCCCUUACUUUAAUAACCAGUACUUGGCUGUGGCUGCUAGUCUAAAUGGUGGGAAUGUUCUCUCUCAGUUUGUCAACAUGGUACAAAACUGGAUUGGAGUUUUUGGUUGUGUCAAGAGUAAAGAGGAUAUAUGGAAAACCCUUUUAGAGUCCUCUUCCACAACAAACAAGAAUGAGAGUGCUCUGAUAAAGGUUCAUCCCACCAUAUUUGGAGAGAGGCAUGCUCCUACACAGUAUGGAGAAGUAUCUGGAAUCACAGCCAGCAAUAUGGACCUUCACAGUGUGUUUCAUGCCCUCUGUAAAGGACUCAUAGAAAACAUCACCAGAAUGGUGUCUCCUUCCUAUCUAAAACAAAAGGGAGUCAGAAAAUUGUUAGGGACAGGAUCAGUGAUACAUAAAAAUCCCAUCAUUCAAAGAGAGGUCAUGACCCAAUAUGGUGACAUUGUUGUUGAGUUGGGCAGACAGUGUGACUCUGCCUUUGGUGCUGCUCUAUUUUGUGAGGCUAUGGACAGUUAAUGAUCCGAUUAACUAGACUGUAUGUACAUUCAGUUAUAAAAAAUAAAGAACUUUACUAGAUAUACUAUGCAUUUUUUUUAAAGAUGGAAAUUCACGUUCUUUUGUGUUUUGGUUAAUCUUAUAUACACCUAUGUUCUUAAACAUCACGAUUAUGCAACCCUUAAUUGUUUCAAGUCUUCUAACCAGAGGAAGGCAGGUACCAUUGUAGGAAUAAUCAUAGGUUCCUUUACCUUUACAAAAAUGAUUAUAGUCACCUUUUAUUUUAAAGGAAUGAUAAAGACUACCUUUACAGAAAUUAUUAUAAUUACU